AGAAUAACCGACAUGACAGCAGGUGAUGCCUUCGGCUGCAUCGAUCCACCAAUAUCGUAAGUAAUCUAGAUUUUUAUUUUAAACUAUUAUUUUUUAGCAUAGCGACAUUACCUUAAUAUUUUUUAUAUUUUUUAGAAUCACCGACAUCACAGCAGCCGAUGCCUUCGGCUGCGUUGAUCCAACAAUAUCAAUCACCGACAUCACAGCAGCCGAUGCCUUCGGCUGCGUUGAUCCAACAAUAUCAAUCACCGACAUCACAGCAGCCGAUGCCUUCGGCUGCGUUGAUCCAACAAUAUCAAUCACCGACAUCACAGCAGCCGAUGCCUUCGGCUGCGUUGAUCCAACAAUAUCACACGAGGGCCCGUAUAUUAGACCAUAUGAUCCAUCAGUUCCACCACCGAGGCACUUCAUUAGAAGGUUCUCGGUGGAUGGAACUCGAUAUAUAUGUUAUAUUUAAAAAGUAAAAAUAAAAAAUUAAAUUUA